AUGCCCCAUAGAUUGUCGUACAGCAACAGUGGUUACUUAGUUGGUUGGGUGUGGCCAGAAGAACAUUUGAUUUGCUUGACAGGUGUCAUACUCCUGGAUGACUAUGAUGAUGAAGAUGGCCUUUGUCAACACUGCUGUGAAGUCAACCAAAAGAAAGAAUUACAGGAUACGAUUCCUCGCAUUAUUGGGUCUUGGACAGUCAAUAAAGAUGAAAGAAUAGACAGAACUCUGUUUUGCACAAAGAAAGAAUGGUUAGAACUGGAACUUCUUCAUCCUCACUCUCUGACUGCCAGAGUCUACACAGAUCUUACCAAAGACGAUUAUAGUUGUUCUACUUGCAUUUUAUUUGAUCCUGAUGACCUCCAGAAAUCUUAUUACAUUCAGGAAUUGGCUCAUUCGGAAAGUGACUCACCCCAGCUGACCAGUGAGCUACCUUGCCCAGUUAUAAAAAUUGUCCAGAUGGUUCAUAAGCAUUCAAGUUUGCUGACCCACUGGGAAAACGACCAUUCUAUGACAGGCUACUUUAUACCAAGCUCAUGCCUGGACACUUCUGUUCUCGACUGGAUUGCCACCCUUUUUAUAUUACCUCUUCAGAUUCUUUGCUUUUUACUACCAACUUGGCUCUUUCAUGUCAGUAAUGAACACAUGAAGAAGAUUUUAUCGGCUCCAGCUUUUAUGCGUGUGCUACAAGCAAAACAUUUCCAGAUCCGGCCUCAUCUUCAGGGAAAAACAAAAUCUCCCCUAAAGAAACUGAGUUAUUUUAAUCUUGGUUGUCGUCAGAUGGCAGACUCAAUUCUUGGAGUUGGUUGUUUGUUUCUCGUUUCUAAUUUGGCUUCUUCAGAAGAAAUUGCUUCUCUGAUCCUCAGCAAAACACAGAGCACUGUGACAAGUUUAUCAGGAAUACUGAACUGGAUUAUGGGUGCUCCAGCUGGUCUGAAACUCAACUACCAACUGAACCUCUUCUUAGGGUCAUUUUUCAAAUAUAACAUUUAUGUCUGGACAACUUAUUUGUCUGUUGUAUUGGAACCAAUUCUGAGUUUGUUUCUCACUUGUUGUCUGAUGUCUGGAAUUCUUGGCUUCACCUUGCAACUGAGUCUCCUCCAGGACAUCAUCUCAUUAUUGACUUUACACAUAUACUGUUUCUAUGUAUUUGCGUCACGUUUGUACUAUUUCCAAGUUUAUGCACUGUCUUCGUUGUGGCGUCUUUUCCGUGGGAAGAAAUGGAACAUGCUUCGACAGCGAGUGGACACAGCUUCUUACGACAUUGACCGAUUGUUUAUAGGGACGCUCUUUUUCACCAUCUUCCUCUUUUUGUUGCCCACAACAAUGGUCUACUACACCCUCUUCACAGCUUUACAAUUGAUCAUCUUGGCUUUACAAUCCUGUCUCUCUACAUUAAGAGAAUUUGUCAAUUCAGUCCCUGUUUAUUCUUUGUUGCAAUGGAUAAUCAGAGCCAAAACAGUUGCGGGUCAUGUAAUAUUUCGAGUGCACUCAAGUGAAGAAUCUCCCAACUGCACCUUAGGACUGGCUAUGCAGGUUUCUCAUUUCUCCAUUCGGCAAGUGAUUAAUCAGUGUGCAGCAAAAUGUACAGAAAAUGACAUUCGCAAAAAACCUUCCAUUUGGUCAGGAAUUGUUCCUAAAGUUAUCAAAGGUCAUCUCAUUUGGAAGUCAAACAAAAAAAAUAUGAUUUAA